UUCGUCCGUCACAUUCGUUGAAAACAACGCUGUUUUAGUUGCAAAAUCGGUGUUUUUAUUGUGUUGUAUUGGUUAUAAUUCAUGUUUUAUUGAAUUUCGUUGUGGAAAGCUACAAAUACGCGAUUAAAACGGUAAUGCCGCGGCGUUUGAGCGAUGUAUGGGAACAUUUUCAAGUGCUAAGUGAAUCGGGAAGAAAAAAACAUGGUUUGUGUGUUUAUUGUAAGAAAGAAUACAAAUACAGUAAUUCCACCCGACUCGCGGCACAUAUUGUACAGUGCGAUAGUUGCCCAAUAGAUAUAAGAAACAUGUACAGAAAUCAAUUAGAGCGGUUGGAAUCAGCCCAUUGUUCUAAACCAUCGACACCAUCUGCGAAGCAUUUUUUACACAAUAAAGUAUUAAGAAAGAAACUUAGACGUCGUCUUAAUAUUUCAGAAUAUUUUAAGAUAACAAAUGAACCAGGACAAAAGACUCACGCAUAUUGUGUGUUUUGCAGUACUGAAUUUAAACAAGUUAACACCGAAAAGUUAAUUUCGCAUCUUCAGUAUUGUACGAAAUGUCCCAUGGAUGUGAAGAAUAAGAUGAAGAAUUUUGGCUUACCUAAUGCUCCAAACAAUUCUUACGACCCUCAGCUAAUAAUAAAAAAGUCAACAGAACGUCCAAAAGUUUGGGAGCACUUUCGAAUAAUAAGCAAGGAGGGCUACAAACGACACGCUGCCUGUAAAUACUGUGAUGCUGAGUACAAAUAUUCUAAUGCUACCCGGCUAGUAGUACAUUUAUGCCGAUGCCCAAACUGUCCAAAUGAUGUAAAAAAUCUUUUUUUAGAAUAUCAGUCUACUAAGAGCCCACCACAUCCGUCUCACCGGCCCAUUAGUAUUAAAACAAGCCCAUCUUUAGGAAGGCCUUUGAGUGAUGUCUGGCAAUACUUUAAGAUUAAUCAUGAGUCAGGGUACAAAAGGCAUACCUCUUGCAUGUUUUGUGGAAAGGAAUAUAGACACAGUAACGCUACGAGAUUGCUUAAGCAUAUCGUGGAGUGUGAAAAGUGUCCUAAACCUAUAAAGAAUAAUUACUUGGCAGGUGACUCUCAUUCGAGUAGCGAUGACAGUGAGGGAGAGAGUAUGCCUUCAGAGGCUUCUUCAAAUGAAGCGGAAUACUCGUUAGAGCAAACGUUAAUAAAAAAAGAUGAUACCGCUGCAGUGUGUGAUAAUGAAAAUGCAUCUACGAGUUCUUUUAUAGGCAAUAACCAUAUUGUGGUUGAAGUAAAUGUUGAAAACGUCGAUGAUGACAUUGAUGCGACUUUAGCCCGCGCCAUAUUCACAAGUGGAGUACCCUUUUCAUUAUUGGAUUCUAAAUAUUGGAAGAAAGCAAUAAAUAUGCUGCGUCCUGAUUAUAACAUACCGUCUGCUCUUGACUUCAGCUGCAGAUUACUUGAAGGUGAACAUGCGAGAUUUCGGGAAAAUAUUGAUAAUGAAAUAAAAGAAUCUGAUAUGUUGGUUCUGAUAUGCGACGAAAUACGUAUAGACGAGAAAGAAUUACUAUGUUUUAUGAUCGCUACAGCCUCAAAAACUUUUUGUUAUAAAAUUGUUUUGCUUGAAUAUAAAAAAUGUGAAAUAGAAGUUAAAAAAAAGAAAUGUAAUGAAGAAAUAAGUAAAGUUAUAAAUGAAAUAGGACCAGAAAAAAUACUAGCCAUCAUUACCGAAAGUAAUUGGCAUAUGACACAAAUACAAAAAAUACUCGUCGGAACUUUUCCUACUAUUGCUGGGGUGUGUUGCUUAUUUGGUACUAUGUACUCAAUCUUUCGAGACAUUGUUGAAGAAUCACUUAUAAAAGGUACGACUUACGACGUUGAAAUCGUUGUAAAGUAUUUAAAAAAUGAAGUUUCUAAGGGUUCAUUAUCAAGCGUGCACACUGAAAUUAUUAACUCCUUGAAGCUUCCCAAUCCUGAAAACUGGAAGGAUUUUCUGUUUCAAUUGGAACUAUUGAUGAAAUAUAAAAAUGCAUUACAGACGCUUGUGUUGUCAAACACAGUGUUCAUUGAAGAAGGAAUAAAGAUGACGAUACUAAGCGAAAGGUGGUGGGAUGGAAACGACAAAUGCAUUAGAGUCGUCAAACAAUAUAAUACGGCCUUAACCGAAGCGGAAUCUGAUAAAACCAUUAUAUCCGACGUGCCCGCCAUUUUUUCUAAAUUAUUGUCAAAUAUAGAGAACGAAAUAAUUUCUUACGGACAAAAUUAUGAAAGUGACAAAUAUUUUAUAAGAGCCACUAUAAAUAAUCGGAGGAAGAAUUUUAUUCAGCCGAUUCACAUGGCCGCUAACCUGUUAGACCCGCGAUAUGUCGGUUCUAUGUUAAAUGACGAAGAAAUGAUUGAAGCAAUGUCCUACAUAUCUUCGUAUGCAACAUCUCUCACUGACGAUCCUGGGGAGAUAAUGAAAAACUUGGCCGAGUUUAAGACGAAGACUGGUUACUUUGCAAAAGUAAAAGCCAUUUGGACGAGUGCGAAUUUACUGGAACCGCGAAUAUGGUGGAAAAGCUUUUGUUCGCAUUUAAAAAUAUCGGAAAUAGCGAUCAAACUGUUGAGUGUCCCUUGUAGUAUUCCGUGCGGGUACAAAUCUAAAUUAUUCACUGAAGUCACACAAAAUAGCGAUCAACAAGAUAUAGAUCGGUCAAUAAAAUUAGCUACGAUUCGGGCGAAUUACUUUUUCGAAAAUAAAAUUGAUGAGUACAAGAUGUCUGAAUAAAUUAUUAUAUAUUAAAAGUUUUUCUUUAUUGUCAAUUGUCAUAUCGUCUCAGUUACUGAAAAACUGAAAUAAAUAAGUUCACGGUU